AUGUUAUUUAGAACGUACUACUACACAUUUUUUUAUUUUCUUACUCAUAGUAUUGUAAAUAAUAUAUGUUUUAAGCAUAUAAGAUAUGUAAGGAAGUAUGGUAACGUAUUAAGUAGGAAAAAGGGGGGUGAAAAUUAUUCAUGUAAUUUUUUAAAAAAGGAAUGCUAUUGUUAUAAGCACCGGUUUUUACAAGAAGAGAAUAAAAGAGGUGCAUUAUAUAUAGAGGCGUAUUCCAAAGAAGAAGGAAAUAUAGGAGGAUAUGCGGGAGAAAAUAUGGGAGAAUAUAUAGGAGAAAAUAUGAGUGUACGACAUAUUAAUAUGAGAAACCAUAAUAAGGGUUAUAAACAUAUGAACAAAGAGUUAUUUGAUAAAUUAAAAAAAAAAAGAUUAAUUAUAAAUUUUAAAAAAUAUGAUAAUAUUUUAAAUAGCAGGAAUUUUAAAAACCGAUUUAUAAACUUACUUUCAUAUUGUGGAAAGGUAAAAAAGUUAGACUACAUAAAUUUUUAUUUAUAUAAUUUUUUUGCUAACGUAAAUGAAAGAUUGUUAAACAUAUGUUUACUCUUGUUAAGUAGUCAAAGAAUACAAGUAGAAUUUGACUAUAAAAUACGCCUUACUGAAGAGAAAAAUUUUACCAUGAACGCAUCGGGGCAGCACAAUGUGAGCAAUAUGUCAACAGAUUCCUCACUGUGUGUACAUUGCGAUCCUAUGCAUAGAUUUUUCACGUUAAGUAACAAAUUAGGGUUUAAGAAGCACAUGAAUAGGCUACGUAGAGGAUAUAAGAGUACGAAUAUUUUUGAGGGAUAUGAUGAAACAAAAAUAAAAGAAGGAAUAGAAUUAUCCAUUCCGUACGAAAAGCAUGAUGUGCAUGUGUGUAUUGUCGACACGGGUAUUGAUUACAACCACGUAGAUUUAAAGAAUAAUAUCAUAGUAGUAAAGCAGUUCGAACGGAAAAAUAAUAAAAAUUACGAGAAAAGUAAAGGUAACAAUGAAGAUAAAAAUAAGGAUAGGUAUACGGACAGAAAUGAGGACGCGGAAAAAGAUAGUUACAAUUAUAGUGAGAAACAUCCAUCUAGUGAGUUGGACAAUUCGAUAGAUGGUCACGGGCAUGGAACGUUCAUUGCUGGUAUCAUCGCAGGGAAUAGUCCAAAAAAUAAUAAUGGCAUAAGGGGGAUAAGCAAAAGAGCGAAGCUAAUAAUAUGUAAGGCAUUAAAUAAUAAUAAUGCUGGAAACAUAAGUGAUAUAUUAGAAUGUUUCAAUUUUUGUGCAAAAAAAAGAGCAAAAAUUAUUAAUGCUAGUUUUGCAAGUACAAAUAAUUAUCCAUCUUUAUAUAAAGCAUUAAAAGAGUUACAGGAAAAAAAUGUUUUAGUUAUAUCUUCCUCAGGUAAUUGUAAUUCUCAAGAUGAUUCCAAAAACACAUUUACAGAAUGUAAUCUUAAUGUAAAAAAAUUAUAUCCACCAGCUUAUUCUGUACAGUUACAUAAUCUUAUAGUUGUAUCAAAUAUGAUUCAAGAAAAAGACAGUCAUAUUUAUUUAUCUCCUGAUUCUUGUUAUAGUAAUAAUUAUGUACAUUUAGCUGCCCCAGGAAAUAACAUUAUUUCAACUUUUCCUUCUAAUAAAUAUGCAAUAAGUAGUGGAUCAUCUUUUUCUGCUGCUGUUAUUACAGGUUUAGCGUCCAUAAUAUUUUCAAUUAACUCAAAAUUAACGAAUGAACAAGUCAUACAAAUAUUUAGAAGUUCGAUUGUCCAAGCAAAAUCGCUUCAGGAUAAAGUCAAGUGGGGUGGUUAUCUAAAUGUCUAUAACCUUGUCAAAUAUGCCAUAGAGCACUCCACGCAUAGUUAA